CCUUAAACAGUGUCCACUUACACUGGGUUUUAUGUCAUUUUCCGCACUUUUCCAAAGGUCAAAAACUGUGGCUAAGCCGUUCGCCCAUUUUGGGCUCAGCUUUCAGCCUUUUUCUAUCAUUUUUGCCCUUUUACCAGUUCCCUUUGUAUGGGCAAAGCUGACUUUUCAAGCAGAUUAACAAAAGGAUUCACCUGUUGCUUGCCUAUUCACUGGGCCCCACUCCCGUUAUACCGUUUCUGCCCUUCAUCCCUUGAAGUAUUCAUCGUCCUUCCGGUCAUUUCAACCGUGAUUAAUGAGAAAGUAACGGCGUCUGUUGGCUUAGUGACGAAAAAAUCCCUCCCUUUUAAACUGUUCACUGAUCUAUUUUACGGAUUUCAACAUCAUCUUGAAGCUUCGUACACUGUUCCUAGACUUUUCAUGCCCUGUUUCUUGCCUAUUCCUCAACCGAACGUUAGCUCUCUGUUGUUCACUGCCACUUCGAAAAUUUACUUGGUUCCCCGUAUUUUUUUGCAAGAAUUCGACGCGAUGGGAUGGGGAGGGACGGCAAGCUGUGGGGAUAGGAAAAGCAAGGGAGAGCAGGGAAGAGGAAAUAGGUGACAAAAGGGGAGGAAAAUUGUGUAUCGGAGGAGAGAAGGAAGAUCUGCGACGGCAACUAAGGAAUUAUGGUGCAGUCGUGGGACGUUACGGUUUCAGUGGGUGACAUGGGUGUGUGGCGGAGGCUGGCAAAGAGAAUAGAUUUUGGUAGAGGUCUGUAUGCCAUUUUUCAAGUGAGUUUCUCUCUUUUUUGCCCUUUUUUUUGCUCAAGGGUGUCCUUGCUUUCGAGGGUUUAUGCAUUUUGUGUUUUGGUGAGUUGUCUGCAUGAGAAAUGGAUGUGGCUAACUAAGGCAUAGGUAGGUAUUCUUCUUGGCAAUUUGUUUGUUGAGUAUUUGUUGUUGCGUAACUUCUGAGUCAAAUAUUAAUUUUCCUUUGAAAUUUAAUUGUCCAAAGUUAAUGGCCUUCUCUGUAAUUUCUUGAGUUUUUCUAUGUUGUGUGCUCAUGGUAAUAACUGCAUGCUUUUCUAAUUGGGUUUAUGUCAACAUCACUAAAGUGAGUUUUUCUGUGUUGCUCUUGCUUUCCACAAAACUAGCUCCAUUGCCAUAAUAGCGGACAAAUGGUCAAAUAUUGCACUGACAUAGAAGAUUGAAGUUACUUCAUUUUACCUAUAUCACUCUUGAUAAAUAGAUAAAGAAAAAGAAAAUUUCAAUGAUAGGACGAUGACUAAAAUCAUCUCUACAAGGGUAGAAUGUUUCUACCUAACAUGUCAUUUAUGUUAGUUUAGAUACUCUGUUGAAAGUAUGCUAUUUACUAAAAUUGUUCAUUGACUUUAACUGCAGAGAUGUUUUGGAACUCACAGUGGCCAUUAAAAUUAAAGAUAAAAAGGCAGA